AUGAGUAGCAAGCUUUGGGAAUAUUUCAUUCAAGAUGAUGUGGAGAGCUUCAGACGGUACAUCGCGAACGCGACGUUCGCGGGUCCGCGAGCCUCUGGAGUGUCUAGCGCAGCUGCUGCGGCCGCAGCGGCGAGUCUGUCGUCAAAGACUGGAAGCCCCGGGUCAAUGAUCGCAUCGUCGCCUAAUCCAACGAAACAAAGGAAAACAUCAGCCGCAUCGCCAGGAACCUCUCUACCCGACCGAUCUGGAUUUCCACGCGGCAACACGGCUUUGUCGCGCGCCGAUGUCAAUGCUCGCGAUCACUUUGGCAGGACACUCUUGCACCAUAUCGCCUCCUCACCGAAGCCCACAGCUGCGAGCUUUGCGCGCGCGCUGCUUGAAAUUCCGUUCCUUGAUAUAUAUGCGCAGGACUGGGAGAGUGGAUGGACCGCAUUGCACAGAGCUCUGUAUGCCGGCAAUGCUACCAUUGCUCGAGCGUUGAUGGCGCGGGACAUGCGGGAUAUGACGGAUUAUAGUAAACCGGGGCACACAAGUCAAAGUGGGAGUUUGAUCAAGAUCAAGGAUCGUGAGGGUUACAGCCCGUUCGAUGUCUACGGGUCUACCAUUACAUCUCGGGAUAUCAAGCAGAUGGUCUCGUCAGCAAGAUGGCCGGGGUCGAUGGUCCCCGACAUCGAGGGUAGUGACGUUGCUUCCAACCCUGGCUCAAAUUACGGAGAGGAAGGUGAAGAUGGCGCAUAUCUUGCGCGAAGUGCUCUAAAGUCGCGGUCCGACUUCUCCGCCGACGAGGUCUUCACUCUCGGCAGUAAUAAGAACCUGAACCUUGGGCUUGGGGAUCAAGAUGAUCGACAGUUUCCAGAGCGAAUCGUACUGAAACGCCCUGAUCAUUUGCUGUACCGAUUCUACCGCGAAUACCAGGAGCAGAUGGAACAGCUUGGUCUCGAGGAUCUCGUUGACCAUAGCAAUCCGAACGAACUCCCGACCGUCAUCAAAAACAAGCCAAUGAAGCUUCAAAAUAUGUUCAUGUCAAAGCUGCAUACUGCCGUCAUUACGGAUGACCCGGAAGCCAACCUCUUUAUGUGUGGCUUCGGGCCCGGUGGUCGUCUUGGAACCGGUGAUGAAUCUACCCGGUUCAGCUUUGUAUGUAUUGAGACAGGCGGGUUGACAGGGAGAAAGGUCAUGUCCGUUGCGCUCGGUCAAGACCAUAGUCUGGCUAUUACUGAGUUUGGUGAGAUUUUCAGUUGGGGUAGCAACAAGUUUGGUCAACUCGGAUACAGUCUACCCAGGACAAGCAAUAAAAACGAUGUCCCUAUUCAGUCAACGCCACGACAGAUCUUCAACCCUUUCAAGAAGGAGACUAUCAUUGGGGCUGCUGCUUCCUCUAUUCACUCGGUCGUUUUCAGCAACUCGGGCCUCUACACGUUUGGUAAAAAUGAGGGCCAACUAGGCCUAGUUGACUCCGACGCGCGAUCACUCGAAGUUCAGACAACCCCAAGACGUGUUGGCGCUUCUCUCUUCAAGUGCCCAAUUCAGAUGGUAUCGGCUAUCGACCGUGCCACGGCGGUACUCCUACAGAACCACGAGGUCUGGGUGUUCUCCCAGUAUGGCUACUCUAAACUCUCAUUCCCUCUCGAAGCAAGCUCGAGAUUCAUCCGGGAUAGCUUCAUGGCGACGCGAUACGACAGCUCCGUGAAUCACGUCGUCAAGCUCGCCUGUGGCGGCAACACAAUCUGCGCCCUCGCUAGCUCUGGUGAUGUCUUUACUGUCCAUGUGAACAAAUCAGAAGAUCCUUCAACCCAAACAUCCACCACAAACCCUGCCAAGAUUCGCAACUCCCUGGCUGCUCCUGAGCGAGCUUGGUCUGUCAAAAAGUCUCACAUGGCUGCAAGUGAUGUUGAUGUCGGUCAAGACGGAUCCAUCAUCAUUUGCACCACGUCAGGCUCAGCUUGGAGGAAAGAAAAGCGAACGAAGAACAGGGAGGGUGUUUCGAAAGAUUACAAGUUCGCUCGAAUUCCGGGACUGUCCAGGGCUGUGGCCGUACGCAGCAAUGCCUUCGGAGCAUAUGCGGUUGCGCAGCGUGACUGUGAUGUGACCAGAGAACAGAUUCACAUUGACAGCAGUACCCUCUGGGAUGAUAUCCUACCUCUCUCGCCGUUUGUCACUCCUAACUUUGACGAUGUAGAGGCAAUUCUGGAAGGAGAUGCUACCGACAGCCCAAUGCCUCUCUCUUCUGCAGCGCUUAUCAAAAGGGCAAUCCUCAUGUCAUCCGAAAUCGAAACCCAAUUUCUGUCUGUCCGCUCUGAGGGAACAGUGUGGAUGACCAGCUCCGUAUCUGACGCACGGAUACCAGUGCACGAGUUCCUUCUAGCUGGCCGCAGUCCUGUCCUUCGGAAAGCGUUGCAAGACUUCCGCGAGUCCUAUUACGCUUCUGUGCCCGAUGUCUUUGACAUUGAGUACGGUAAGGAUGGGAUCACUCAAAUUCGGCUUCUUGGUACGGAUUUCUUGACUGUCAUGAAUGUCGUGUUCUUCAUGUACACCGAUGGCAUUCUUGACGUCUGGCAUCAAGCCAGGAGCUCGCCCGAGAAUGCCACUCGGUACCGUCAGGUUCGCCUUGAGAUCAUGAAGGUUGCUACUCAUCUCGGUCUCUCAAUGCUGGAACGCGCUGCGAGGUUGAUGGUCGAGCCUCAGAAGAGCUUGAAAAUGGACAUGGCUCAUGCGAUCAACCACCCUUCGUUUUUCAGCGAUGCGGAUGUGGUUGUUGACUUGAACGGCGACUCUGUCAAAGUCCACAGCCAAGUGGUCUGUCAAAGAUGCCCUUUCUUCGAUGCUCUGUUCCAUGGCCGCUCUGCGGGCGGGUGGAUUGCGUCUCGUCGAAAAAAUUCUUCAGAAAAGGUGCAUGUCGACCUCAAGCACAUCAAUCGGUCUACCUUUGACUUUGUCUUGCGUUACCUCUAUGCUGACACUGAAGAACAACUGUUCGAUCAAGUCCGAACCAAGUCACUUGAUGAUCUCAUCGAUUUGCUUCUGGAUGUCAUGUUCGUGGCCAACGAAUUGAUGAUCGACCGCUUGUCGCAAAUUUGUCAAAAGAUGCUUGGUCGAUUCGUUCAUACUAGGAAUAUUUCCUAUCUUCUCAGUUCGGUCGCGCCGAUCUAUGUCUCCGAGUUCAAAGAGGCUUCCUUGGAGUACAUUUGUCUAAAUCUUGAGGCCAUGCUUGCCAAUCGUUACCUGGAAGAUCUGGACGAAGACAUUCUUACAAUGCUUGACACUGUCUGCCAUGAAAAUCAAUUGGCAUGCUUCCCAGUCUCGCGCGGUCGCAACUCAGAAGACUAUGUCCUUGAGAAAUAUCCAGAGCUCGUGAGCUCCGUUGGAAUAGACAAACAGCGACGCAUCGAUGCGAUGACCCUACAAUCUCGUCUUAGUGAAGUGGAAUCGUAUGAUUACCGACCGCGAGCCUCUGCAAAUGACAAGGUCAAUGCGUCCCCGUUGGCGCGGAAGUCAAAGGGCAGUGUCUCAAGAGAUACCGAAAGCUCCGUCAAUAGCCCGAUGCUGAAACCGAGACAAUCCACCAACGAUCUCAUGUUCCAGAUGGACGAUGAAGCUGUGCUUUCACCAGGAGAUUCCAUCAAAGGAAAAACCGUCAUGCGUGGACUUGGCAUUGAGAAUCGAUCUUAUCCUGAUUCUCCCGCGCUGGGCGCAAGUGUUCCAGAAGGUGAAUCACUUGGCGAUGGCUCCUUUGACGAAAGAAUGUCUUCGUCGCGAGAGGGGCUACUGCCAGAGUCUCCGACUGAAACGCGGGCGAUCGCAAUGCACAAGAAACGAGCUGUGGCUUCUCAUCCUGAAUCAGGCUCUGCACCCUGGGGUUCGCCUGUCACCUUAAAUGGCAAGAAGGAUCUCAGGGAUAUCAUGGGCGAAACUUCACAGUCUAGAGUAUCCAAUUUGACUCUGGAAAUGGAGAAUCGACGCGAGAGCAGUGGCAACUUCAACGGCAAGCUGUCCCAGAAGGAGCGCAAGAAGAUGCAGCAACAGCAGAUGCAGGAGAAGCUUGCCGCACAGCAAGAGGCAAAGUCUGUGCCGAAGAAUCCCUGGCAAUUGCCUCCUCCAGCAACUCCAGCGACGCCUGUCAAAGACCCCUUGCCUGGCCAAAGCGGACCAAGUACACCAGCAUCCGAGCCGUCCAAGACACCUCAAAAGCCCGCCAUGACCCUCCGACAAACCGUUGCUGGAACUCCUCCUCCACGAUCCAAGCCAAUGGCCACACCAGUGAAAACCCAGAACCGCAGCAUUUCCGGCAAUACACAACCACCCUCUUUCUCCAAACCCUCCCCCUCAGCUCCACCAACCUCCCUCCCCCAAACACUCCCCAAAGCCUCCCCACAACCAGCAAUCCAAUCCAUCCGCCACAUCCCACGCCAAGAUCCAUACAUGCGCUCCCCGUCCGGCGGCUCCUUCUCCCUCGCAACCAUCCUCCUCCAACAACAAUCCGAAAAAGACGAGAUCCGCGAAGCAGCCACCGCCAAGCACAACCUGCAAGAAAUCCAAGCUGAGCAGGAAUUCCAGCAAUGGUGGGAUCAGGAAAGUAAGCGUGUCCAGGGUCUUCUUGAUCCUGAGCCUGAGCCUGAGUCUGCCCAGCAGCAGCAGCCUGCUGGGAAAGGCGGUCGUGGUGGGAAAGCGGGCCCCGGUGCGGCUGGGAGCUCGCGGAAGCGAAGAGGAAAUAAGAAUGCUGGGCCUGAUGGUGCGGGUUCUCAGGGGAAUAAGAAUACUGCGUCUGCUUCGGUGUCCGGUACGCCAAAGAAGAGUGUGAAUGUUAAUGGGUCUGCUCCGGUGCCUGUGCAGGGAAGUGUGGGCGGGAAUCAUUCUUCUGGUGCCGGAGGUGGAAAGAAUGGUCGACGUGGGGGUGGAAAUCAGCGUGGAAGGGGAAAGGAUCGAGGAUAA